CGUCGUUCAGUACGAACGUAUUCCUGUGUCGUCAGAUUAACACAACGCGAACGAGGAGAGAGCGACGGACGGUCAUGAGAGUCCGUCGCGACGCCAGUACCCUAUUCAACCGAUCAUCAAAACGUCCGUCCACGAAUUCGCGGUCGAUCCUAACAUAAAUACAUACACGCACGCAUACACAUCGACGCAUACAAACUAAAGACAUAUCAUAUUAUAUGCUGUCUAUGAUUGUGUUAUCUGAAACUUUUCUUUACGCGAAUCCAUGUGAAAUUAUUAUCUACCUAAAUAUACAAUAGUGUACCUUGAUCUUCUUAGAGAUCGUAAACACAAAGUGAAAGUGCAGUUAGUGUAAAUAAUCAAUACGGAAAAAGAUUUUACGAUAUGUUUUUCGAAAGGUGAUUAGUAGAUACGAAAUCAAUUUGGGAUGCAAACAGACAGUUCGUUGUUUUACAUUCGGUAAAGUAAAAUGGUUAAAUUGCGUCGGGGAAGUCUGGAAAUGGCAACCGACCAUCAAGAUGCAUAUAGGAAGAAACAGGACGUCCUCUCGAAAGCAAGGAAUAAGCUCUUUAGUUUUGGCGAGUCCAAUAAACCAAACAAAUCCGCCACGACAAACGGAGACAGCGAACAACAUUUAAAAAAGUCCCGAGCUCAGGCUACGAUAGACUACUUUUUUAAAUCCGGGUCGAAAAACAACGACAAAGUGUAUACAAAUCAGAAGACCCAAGUCAAAAAGACGACCCUACAAAAACAAAAUUCUAUCGGCUCUUAUCCUUACGACGGUUUCAAUUCCGAUGUAGAACCAGAGUUUUCCAUUAGCAGGUCUCGUCCUGCGACAAUUUGUACAGGAAGGACAACGGACGAGUGCAGGGAAACUGCCGCUUUGGCUUUAGAACGGCCCAGGAAGAAACAACUGUCGUUUAGGGAACCGGAAAUAUCCGGUUAUGCCACGCACGUUUCGAAAAAUAACGGAAAACAAAAUGGAAAAACAACUGUACAUUUAGAACCCAAAAAUAUCGGCCGAGACGAUUUUGACGACUUCGAAGACUUAGAGGGCCAAGCGAUGAGAGUGGUGAGGACCAUAGGUCAAGCAUUUGAAGUGUGCCAUAAGUUGUCCAUAAACGGCCCCGAGAUGGACUACGGCGACCAAGAUGAAGACAUUUUUACACAAGACUUAGUUAGUGAUCGAUUUAGCGACAUUCAUAGUGAUAAAUCAAAAAAAGAUAUGUUAUCGGAAGAGAGUGAAAAAAAAUCUGAACCUGAAGAAAAUAUUUACAAAGACAACAAUGGAAACGACACCAUUAGUCGAAACAGACAACAAUUAAGUGACAAUACAAUUUCGAUUGAUAACAGUUCUCCAAAGAAAGCUCAUACGGAUCGAAAAAACAGCGGUACUCAAUCGAAUGGCGGUAACAAUCCUACUAAUAUCACCGGCGGGGGAAACAGCAGUCACCUGUCAUCUUCCAGCGCCCUUUCGACACACCACGAACUGCAACUGCUCAAGGAACAGCUGGACCAACAAAUGCAACAGACUCAAGCUGCCCUUGGCCAGUUACAACUCGUUCGAGAACAAUUGGCAGCGGAACAGAGUGCGAGAAUGGAAGCUCAAGCGCGAACUCAGCAGUUAUUGGUGCACAACAAGGAACUGCUAGAUCACAUUGCUGCUUUGGUUUCACACUUACAGGGAAGUGAGAAAACCAGCGGGAUGCAGCAAAAUGUGCCACAUAUGAAUAUUCCUCAGCCUCAGUCUCAACAUAUACCAGUCAUGGAAGAUUAUAUCCAUCAAGAUCAUUCUGAACCAGGCUCAUUAGAACACAGUCCCGUGAUCCAGGGCCUGAUUGAAAACAGAGCCGUAACAUCCUGUCUUCCACCUUCUCCAAUUCGAACUUCAUUCAAUCCAUCCGGGGGCGUUUUCAAUUUCUCGUAUCCAACCCCUCAAGAUUUGUCUUUCGAAGCGCAACUUAUCCAACGUUUGCAAACCUUGUGUGGUUAUACACCACCUCCCCAGUACUCUUCCUACAACCCGUACAACCAAACGUACUUGAGUCCACUUUACAACCACGGUUCCUACACUCUACAACCUCCACCUCAAAAGAAACUGUCACCCUCUCUCCACGGGAGACAUUCGUACAGCGAGAGCCCCACAUCGGACAGGCGAUUUAGUCCUGCAAGGAAUACGGAUGAACAUCUACAGAACAUGCAACAAGUUUUGACCCAACAAAGCAACCAUCUGCUUCAAGUCAGUCAGAAUAUUCAGCAGAGACUGUCUCCUCAACAACUUUCACCAAAUCCCCAAGCCAACAAUACGCAGGACAGGAAGCUGUCCCCUCAACCUCAAAGGACAAGCCCGAAUCCAACAAUAUCUUCACAGAAUUCUUCACAAUCUUCUUCUCAAUCCUCGUCCCAGCAAAGGAUGUCUUCGAGGAGUGACAGUAGAGAAGCGCAAUUCAUAAAACCUCUGUCCCAAAUGGGAACUUUGACCACGACGGACACCGAAGGUAGAGUGCGAGUUAUUGUCCCAAUUCCUGCCAAUUCUUGCGACGACGAUAACGGCAACCUCAUGGCGUCCCCAAUGAGGCUGGGAGACGAUUUGAGGAGAAAUAUAACGCGUUCGACGAGCGAAAAAGUGCCACACAGGAGUGAACUUAUGUCCCAGGUAUUUGGACUUUUCAUGCUCUCUGAAGGUGGUGAAAUGGACAGAGCCUAAAACUACCUCCAAGGGACGAAGACCCAGGAAGAGGAAUCCGAAUGAUAUUUUUUGUGAUCUAUUAAUUUAAUAAUAAAUCUUAUACGUACUUUUAAAAAAUGGAUGCUAAAUGUUCAUACCUAAAACAUUUAAUUUCAAACGGACAGAAAAUGCUACCUACAUUUGUUUAUAAAUAGGUAGUAUAUGUGAGUUUGUUUAAACAUUAUAUAUAUAUACACAUAUCUAUUAUUUACUAUGAAUAGAAAACCGUCUAUUCGUGGAUGAUAUAGAAACAUAAGACGAGCGUUGCCAUUUCUCAAGCGGCCAAUUAAAGAUGGAAUUGAAGCAACAUGAAACUAUAAAGUAUUUCUGUAAAUAACGUAAAACAUAUUACAUACGUAUAAAAAUAUACUACAUAAAUUAGAUUACAAAUAUAACUUAUUAUUACUAUUACUAUACGUAACUGAUAAAAAUGUGUUAGUUUAUUUAAUUAAAUAAGUAGUUCAAGAUGGAUGAAUAUUUUUAUAUUUGACUGAGAGAUUGAGCUAAAAGAUUAAAUACAGUAUUGUUAGGUGCCAAAUGUAAGUAAACGUGUUAAAUAAUUAUAUUUA